ACAGGAAAAAGCGUAUGAUCCGUGAGCACUGAUUGGCUGAAGCGAGAAGCGUCCUGGACGCUGACUGGCUCCGUCAUUCGCGCGAAGGAGUUUGUGGCGCCCGAUUAAAGUAGAUAGAGCGCUGCCGCAGCAACACUGUUCUGAGGUGGUCUGCGAGCCCACCGGACCGGAACAUCCUGGGCCUCAUUCUUGAGGGAAUCGCCGCCAUGAUGUGGAAUAGUGGAUACGAAAACUAUGGCAGCUCCGCUUAUGGAGGCGCCGGCGGCUACACACAGCCCCCGGGGGGCUUUGGAUCGCCGACACCGUCUCAGGUUGAAAAGAAAUCAAGAGCCCGAGCCCAGCACAUUGUACCCUGUACCAUAUCUCAGCUGCUCUCUGCCACUCUAGUUGAUGAAGUUUUCAAAAUUGGGAAUGUCGAGAUUUCACAGGUCACCAUUGUGGGGAUAAUCAGACAUGCAGAGAAGGCUCCAACUAACAUUGUUUACAAAAUAGAUGACAUGACAGCUGCACCCAUGGAUGUCCGCCAAUGGGUUGACACAGAUGAUGCCAGUGGUGAAAACACUGUGGUUCCUCCAGAGACAUAUGUGAAAGUGGCUGGCCACCUGAGAUCUUUUCAGAACAAAAAGAGCCUGGUAGCCUUUAAGAUCAUGCCACUGGAGGAUAUGAAUGAGUUCACCACACAUAUUCUGGAAGUGGUCAAUGCACACAUGAUGCUGAACAAAUCUAACAACCAGCCCUCAGCAGGGAGAGUACCUAUCAGCAAUCCAGGAAUGGCUGAAGCAGGGAACUUUGGUGGGAAUAGCUUCAUGUCAGCAAAUGGCCUCACUGUGGCCCAAAACCAGGUGCUGAAUUUGAUUAAGGUUUGCCCAAGACCUGAAGGAUUGAACUUUCAGGAUCUCAAGAACCAGCUCCAACAUAUGACUGUAGCCUCAAUCAAGCAAGCUGUGGAUUUCCUUAGCAACGAGGGACACAUCUAUUCUACUGUGGAUGAUGAUCAUUUUAAAUCCACAGAUGCAGAAUAACUGGAUCUAAUUGGGUGUCUGAGAUAUUUUCUAGCUGGACCUAUUUUCACAAUUUGUUUUCUCCAGCUGUGCAUAUGUUUGGCCAGGUGACUUCUAGGAAGUAGGUUUCAUCUCAAAAAGGUAUCAACUGACAUCGUUUUGAAACUUACUGCUCUUCUUUUUUUUUUGUUUUGUUUUUGUUUUUUUUUUUUGUUUUUUUGGGGUUUUUUUGUCUUUUUUGUGACCGGCACUCAGCCAGUGAGUGCACUGGCCAUUCCUAUAUAGGAUCCGAACCCGCGGCGGGAGCGUCGCUGCCCUCCCAGCGCCGCACUCUCCCGAGUGCGCCACGGGGUCGGCCCUUUUUUUUGUUUUUGAAGCUCAAAGGGAGAUGGGCAAUUUACAGGGAUGUAAACCAGGAUGGAAUUUCUUGAAGAAGUUACAAAUAAGUUAGUUAAAACAUCAGGUUAGAUGGAAUUGGAACAGGGCUGCUACCAAGAGAGUUGGGCAGUAUUAAAUAAUGCUCAGAAGUUUCAGUUCCUACAGUGUUUCCUCUUGAGAGAUGGUGAGCAGGACUAGGGCCUGUGGGCAGAGCACAGCCGAGAAACCAGCUCUCCUCUGCCUUUUUUUGUAACCCACUUUGGUUAUGUGGUGUUACUUUCAAAAUUGCACUUUCCUUCACCUUGUCGUGAUUGUUGCUGAAAGCAUGUUCAUAUGAAAAUGAGGUUCUGAAGUGAUGGCCUCAAGGGGUAAAGUAGAAGAAAUGUUACUGCAUUUUGUACAAAAUAUGUUCAUCCAUAUGUUUAAUAAAACAGUUCUGUUAUUGCA